AUGUUCUUUUUUCUGUUGCAGGUAGAAACGAGGCCUAUAAAUCUAAAUGGUUUGCUUAUGAAGCAUUUAGUUUUUUACAUGACAGGAAUAACCCUAUUGAUGCAGUGGAUUGUGGCUCACCCUCAGAGCCGGGUAAUACAGAACAAGCUAUUCCGGUACAAGGCAUUUCAGAACAAGGCACUUCAGAACCAGGAACUUCGGAACCAGGAACUUCGGAACAAGGCACUCGAGACCAAGAUACAAAUACCAAGAAGCCAAGAAAAGAAAUGCCCGCUAACAAGAGGACAUAUCAAGAGUCAGAGUAUGAUGCUGAAAAUCAAAUGAUAGAAGAAGCAUUAGAAGUAAUGCGAAAACAAAAUGACAGUAGUAAUGAUCCUUACGUUGCUUUUGGCAUGCACAUAGCAGCCGAACUAAGAAAAUAUGAUGCCACUAUGUUUACGAGAGUCAAACAUUCAAUAAAUACUAUACUAUACGAAGCUG